AUGGGAAAUCAAUGCCGAGUAUUGUUUAAUCCAUGUAUUCAUAUUCAAUGUAAAAAUGGUGGAACAUGUUUACCAUUAGACAAGCGUGAAUUAAUAAAAUUUGUGUGUUCAUGUCCAGAAGGUUACUACGGAAUUUAUUGUGAACGAACGAAAAGUCAAGUGAAUAUUGAAUUUUCAUCAUCGCUUUCAUCGAAACAUUUUCAGUCAGAAUUAGUGAGUUUAUUUGUAUAUUUUCUUCAAUUAGAAUGGGGUUUACCUGGAGUUUUAUCUAUUGAAAAUCGUUUUCUAUACAAACAAAUGCAACUAAACGAACUACUUGAUGUUUACAAUAAUAAUAACGACUAUUUAUCAACAUUUAUACUUGUUGAAAUAUAUUUUCAAAAUAAUAUAUCGAAUUAUUAUAUUGGUGCAAUUCUUAAAGGGAAUUCCAGAAAAAUUAAUAUAAAAAUCGAAAAAAUAAAUCGAUGUCCAUAUGUUGAUGAACUUAUUCUUAAUGAAACCGUUCGAAAAUUUCCAUUGAGAAGAAAGCUCAAAUAUUAUCAUUAUGCAUGUGAAGUGAAUAGUCUCAUAAAAUGUUUUUAUGAUGAAUCUUCUUUAUGCUUUCGUGAUAAAUAUCAUCAGCCAUAUUGUCUUGUUUUUCAACAUCAAUCAACUCAAUGCAGUAUAAAUUACUGCAAAAAUAAUGGUCGAUGUAUUGAAAAUAUCAUUAAUGGUGUAUGGGAUUUUGCUUGCGUAUGUAAUGGAUGUUCAUAUGGAUCAUUAUGCCAAUUAAUAACAUCAGAAUAUGUUCUUUCAUUCGAUGUUAUGCUUGGUCAAGAUAUAAAAACAAACAUAUCUUUCAUGAAGCAAUCUUUUCUAAUUAAAUUCGUAUUAUCAUUUAUUAUUAUCAUGAUUUUACUUGGAACUCUAUCAAAUAUCUUGUCAUUAAUUACAUUUAGACAAGGAAAAAUUCUUGAACAUAGUUGUGGUAUAUAUCUAUUUUGCUUACCGUUAAUUGGUCAAAUAGGUUUAGUUAUACUUGAUAGUCGAUAUUUUUAUCUUCUAAUAACAUAA